GGCGGGGCGGCCCGGCCGGCGUUUCCCACGGCCCAUCCCCCACCGCAGCCUUCCCCCCGCGCCGCGACUUCGCUCCCCGCGUUCCUUCCCCGGGAGAGCCAUGGCCCGGAGCGGCGACGAGGCGCCAGAGUGCGGGCGAGGCGUCGUGAUUCUGGACAACUGGCCAGGAUAUGACUUGAAUUUAUUCACAUACCCACAGCACUAUUAUGGAGAUUUGGACUCUGUGCUCAUACCUCAUGGCAUCAUUGUGGACAGAAUUGAGCGGCUGGCUAAGGACAUAAUGAAAGACAUUGGGAACUGUGACAUUAUGGUCCUGUGCGUGCUGAAAGGGGGUUACAAGUUCUGUGCUGACCUUGUGGAGCACCUCAAGAACAUCAGCCGAAAUUCAGACCGAUUUGUCUCUAUGAAGGUCGAUUUCAUCCGACUAAAAAGUUACAAGAACGAUCAAUCCAUGGGCGAGAUGCAGAUAAUUGGAGGCGAGGAUCUUUCAACCCUGGCUGGAAAGAAUGUCCUCAUUGUUGAGGAUGUGGUGGGAACUGGGCGGACCAUGAGAGCCCUGCUUGGCAACAUAAGGAAAUACAAGCCCAACAUGAUUAAGGUAGCCAGUUUGUUGGUGAAGAGAACACCCCGAAGUGAUGGCUUUAGACCUGACUAUGUUGGAUUUGAGAUUCCGAACGUGUUUGUGGUGGGAUAUGCCUUAGAUUACAAUGAAUACUUCAGAGACCUGAAUCACAUCUGCAUGAUCAACGAACAUGGGAAAGAGAAAUAUCGCGUGUAAAGGAGCAAAUUCCAACCAACGAAAUCCCAGCCACCUGAGUCUUCCUCCUCCUUCCUCUCCGGAAGCCAGCAAGUAACGUCUGUCUCCCCAGCAGACUCCAAAAGUAAAGAGAAAGUCGAGCGAGAGCUUUCUGAGUUCUAAAGGUUCUUAAGGAAAAGAAAGCAGUACUUACAUUUGACGUGUUCCAAAUUAAACAUUCCACCUUGUGACUCAGCGGACCUGCCCACCACCUUACUCCCAAGCUACACCUUCCUUUAAUCCAUGCAGUCAUUACAUCUGAAGCCUCGUGCUAAGAACACCCCCACCUGCAUAGUCAAAUAGUUUCCUCUGUGUGUG